UACCACUCUGCGUGUCAAACCAAAGAAUACAGCCAACACACACUACUUCAGCGUGGAUGAGGAAUUCAUAUAUGAGAGUUUCUAUGCAGACUUUGGGCCCCUCAACAUGGCCAUGCUGUACAGAUACUGCUGCAAAGUCAAUAAGAAGCUGAAGUCCUUCACACUGUCUCGAAAGAGACUGGUCCACUACACCAGUCAUGACCAGAAGAAGAGAGCAAAUGGUGCUCUGCUCAUUGGUGCCUACGCUGUUAUCUAUUUGAAAAGGAGCCCAGAAGAAGCCUACAGGACUCUGAUCUCAGGAAACAACACAAGCUACCUGCCGUUCAGGGAUGCAGCAGCGGGAGAGUGCUCCUUCAACCUCACCGUCCUCGACUGCUUACAAGGAAUACGCAAGGCAUUACAGCAUGGUUUCUUUGACUUUGAAAACUUUGACGUGGAGGAAUAUGAACAUUAUGAGCGAGUAGAAAACGGGGAUAUGAACUGGAUCAUCCCAGGGAAGAUUCUGGCAUUCAGCAGUCCUCACGCUCACAGUAAGAUAGAGAACGGUUAUCCUCUCCACGCACCAGAGGCGUAUUUUCCAUACUUUUGCCAAAAUGGCAUCACAGCCGUGGUCCGUUUAAACAGGAAGUUGUAUGACGGCAGGCAGUUUGAGGACGCAGGUUUUGAGCACCAUGACCUCUUCUUCCUGGAUGGGACCACGCCCUCUGACCUCAUCAUCAGGCGCUUCCUGCAUGUGUGCGAAAGUACUGAAGGAGCUGUGGCUGUGCACUGCAAAGCUGGCCUGGGCCGUACAGGCACUCUGAUUGGCUGCUACCUGAUGAAGCACUACCGGUUCACUGCAGCGGAGGCCAUUGCGUGGAACAGAAUUUGCCGGCCUGGAUCCAUCAUUGGUCCCCAGCAGAACUUCUUAGAGGAGAAACAGCACAGUUUGUGGGUCCAGGGUGAUGUCCAUCGCUCCAAACAGAAGCUCCUCCAGCAGAGGCUGAGUCGCCGGCAGCAGCUCCAGCAGCUGCGUCAGCAGCAGCAGCAGCAGCUUCACAGCGCCGACUCCGAGGGAGGGAAACAGGAAGCCAUGUCCCACCUACUCUCCAGCAUGGACGACCUGUCAAUCAACACCACCCUUUAUAAAUCAUACAGCUUGGAUGAGAAUUACAGUGGUGAAGGCAGUCUGUCUCAGGGAGACAAACUGAAAGCACUGAAAGGAAAACGACCACCUAGAUCGGCCUCCUCCUCUUCGAGGUUAAACCUGUCCAAGGCCUCUCAUUGCUCCAUCCUCCCACCCCCAAAGUCCCCCAGAGCCCCCCUCUCCUUGCCCUCUUCUUCCUCCUCUUCUAAGAAGCUGGUGCGAAGCUCGUCUACCUUCGCCACGCAGAUCAAAAGUCCCUUCUGCCUGAAUCUGUUCCACACCAGGCAUGCUGCCACUCACUGA